AUGGCCCAUUCUUCAAGCAUCAACUACUUCUGUGGAAACAAAUUCAAUGCACAAAUCAGUGAGAACAUACCCAUAUUCCAUUCCAACAGAAUUGGAAUUUGUGAUUCCAUUCUGAUAGAAUUGGAAUUCAAGAUUCAGUUACGGUAUGCAUUAUGUUGGAAAAAUAUCCAAAAAAACAAAUUAUGUUUACCUGUGGGCGGCGAUGUAGGCAGCGACAGGAGAUGGAGAAGCACCGAUGUCGGUUGUGGAUCAGUACCGAUGGUGGUCGUGGAGUAUCGCGGUAAGUCGAUGAAGCAUCGGUGGUCGACUGGUCAGGCGAUGAUCGAUGAAGCAGGGAUGGAUCGGCAAUGGAGAGGAGGAGCGCUGGUAGAAGGUUCGCCGCCACAGAUAGAGCAGCGACGGCGAAAGCUUGCCUCGCCUAAGAUGGAGCAGCAUCGACGAUGGAAGGAGGCAAGGGAAUGGAGAUGGAUUUGA